UGUACACACAAUGUAGCCUGCGUACAGUUUUGUUAGUGGCAACAUGAAUGAACUUGGGAUCUGCCGAGGUGGAAUACGGAUUUGGAAAAAAAAAAAAAAAAAAAGAAGAAUGAAUACAAUGAUCCUAGUCAACAUAGGACAUCUGGUUAGCCACUGGUCAUUUACCAAAACAUGCUUCCCACGGCACCCGCAAGACUGCAAAAAACUAGGAUAUUUACAUUUCCUCUUGUCACGAUGCGCGAUGACCGUAGGCUGUGGGUACGUUUAAGGGAAGAAGAGUUCGUGUGGAUUUCAUUGCUCUCGAAAUCACCCUUACUGUAACUUUAAAUCUUGCGUCUGUAUGUAUGGCUUUGCUGUGUAUUUUAAAGCUUUUAUCUGACAUGAACUCAUUCUUGGACAACACUAUUAACCUAUCUAAGGUUCUUGAAACAGAAUGACAAGAAGUAGAAGUGAAACUGAAGUGCUAUUCUCCUUCCUAUCAACCGUUGUUGAGUGACGCUGUGAGACGGGACCCUCAGUCCGGGGGGCGAUGGCAGCCCACGGCGUAGGCUUCGACGCGGACGCCUUCUUCUCGGAGGCCGCAUUCGAAAGUCCUGUGGAUGAAGAAGGGGUUCACCACUCCUUUAGCCAGCUUAUCCAGGAACAGACUCAAGACCUGGACAGCUAUAAAGAGGCCAUAGAGAUGUGUCCACUGGAGACAGAGGAGAAAUCAAAAGAUGACGCUUUAUCCCUGAGUGGUCCUGCCAGCUCUGUAGGUGCUGACAGCAGUGGCAGUGCUGCAGACCCACUUGUGGAGCGCUGGUCCUCAGACACACUCCGAGUGCUCUCCUCCAUGCCUAGCCGCACCAUCGGGCGCAGUCGGGGGGCCAUCCUCUCCCAGUAUUACAGCCGCACCAUGCAGCUCUGCAGACGCAGGCAAAGUCACCGGCCUUCUAUCCACUCCUUCUCCCGCUCCGCCCGACCUAGCAUCUGCGGCUACCGCGUGGAGAGCGACGCUGCCCACUUCGAGGCGGAGGAGAAUAAGAAGGAGCAACUCAUAAAUAACUUGCAGAACCUGUCUGUGGGCGAGCGCGUGCGCAUGCUAAAAGCCAUCCCUCUGAAUCUGGCAGAGAAGAGUGAGCUGAGGCGUUUGGCCUCUAAUAAAACCAUCCACUCUCCCUCUCCUCAUGAGAUUCCCUGCUGCAGCCAUUUCAAGGAUUACAUCAUCAUUGCUCUGAGGAAUGGCCGAUACAGCUGGCUCUCCUUUGUCUCCUCGAUGCAGCUGUGGCAGACAGCCCUGAAGACAGUGAGCGGGCGCUUCGGCACGGGCGUCCUCUCAUACUUCGUCUUCCUCAGGACCCUCUUCUUCUUCAACGUUUUCCUGUUGCUGGUGACAGGCCUAUUUCUGGUGGUCCCCCAGGCGGUGCGGCCCCCCGUGCUGAAGAAGACUGCACCAGUCCACUUUGGCCUGGAGCUGCUCACGGGGGCGGGCUAUUUCUCUGACUCAUUGCUGUACUAUGGCUACUACAGUAACUACACCCUUCAGAAGCCCUGCAGUAAUUCCUGUGGUUCACACCUCUCCUAUAACAUGCCUCUGGCCUACUUCUUCACUAUCGGAGUGGCUUUCUUCAUCACCUGCAUUAUCCUCGUGUACAGCAUGUCCCAGUCAUUUGGGCAGAGUUUCCGUGUCGACCGGUCUAAAGGUCUGCUCACCAUAAAGGUCUUCAGCUGCUGGGACUUCAAAGUCAUCAAGAAAUCUUCAGUUAAACUGCAGUGUGAGAACAUCUCCACCCAGCUCAAAGAGCUGGUGGCGGAGGUGAACCGUAAGGAGGUGAAGAGCUCCUGGCUGCGGUGUCUGUUUACUGUGUCUGUGCAGCUGCUAGCUUGGUUCAUCUGCAUCGGUAGCACUGUGGCAUGCGCCUUGGCUGUCUACUACUUCUCUGAGUACAUGCACAAGGACCUGAUUGACCAUAAGCAUUCCUGCUCAAACUCCUCUCAGACUGCUGAAAGCUCUGGGAGCGUCUUGUUGAAGGAGGCCAGCCUGUUGGCUCUGCCAACCGUUGUGUCCUCCGUCAACCUCCUCAUGCCCGGCUUUUUCAACACCGUGGCCUGGAUGGAGGAGUACGACUCUCCCAGCAAGCGCAACUACGUCGCCAUCUUCAGGAACCUGAUGCUGAAAGUGAGCAUGCUUGGAGUGCUGUGCUUUCACUGGCUGGGGAGGGUGGCGGUCCAACAUCCGAAGUGCAUGGAUCUACAGUGUUGGGAGAGUUUCGUGGGGCAGGAGUUAUACCGAUUCCUGUUGAUGGACUUCAUCUUCACCAUGCUGGAUACCUUAAUUGGAGAGCUCCUCUGGAGACUGUUUACGCAGAAGGUCCUAAAGAAGAAAAGGAAGCCAGUGUUUGAUAUAGCACGGAACGUUCUGGAGCUUAUUUAUGGACAGACACUAGCCUGGUUGGGAGUGCUAUUCACUCCUCUCCUGCCAGCAGUUCAGGUCACCAAGCUGCUACUCCUGUUCUAUAUAAAGAAGAUGAGUCUGAUGAUGAACUGUCAGGCUCCCAGGAAGCCCUGGCUAGCUAGUCAGAUGACCACCUUCUUCAUCACCCUCCUCUGCUUCCCCUCCUUCCUGGGAGCAGCUGUCUGCGUCACCUACACCAUGUGGACGAUCAAGCCGUCUCCGAGCUGUGGCCCCUUCCGAGGUCUCGGCACCAUGUUUCAGGCGGGGAAGAGAUGGGUAGAGGAUCUGGCGACAGCCAACACUCGCUUCAAAUGGCUGAGCUGGGCUCAUGCAUACCUGGUGGAGAACCCCUUCUUCCUCUUCCUCGCUGCCGGUGUGUUCCUAAUCGUGAUCUACUUCCACAUUCAAGUGGUGGAUGGACAGAGGAAGAUUAUUGAACUGUUACAGGAGCAGAUUGAAAAUGAGGGGGAGGACAAGAAGUUUUUGAUCACAAGACUACAAGAAAUUCAUGAACGGAAACGUCCAAUUUCACGGCGCAUAAGGACAAUGAGUGAGGAAUCCAGUUUCUGAUGACUUCUCCCAUGGUUCAGCUGUUCUUUUGAAAGUGAGAAAUUGCAGCUGGAGCCCCCUGUUGUCAUGGAGGAAUAUUAACAGUCCAGUGGGAAUACGUCUGCAGUGUCUCUGUAUGCCAUACCAGGACUUGGCACCGAGAAAUCCCGUAGCCAGUGAAAAGCCCUCAAACCACUGAAAAUGAACUGCCUGGUAAUUUUAUCAAGGUUCCUUCCAUGGAACUGGAUCCAAACAGUUUCCCUACUUCGAACUGCUGGAAAAACCACUUCAAACUGCCUGAAAACUACUUCAAACUGCUUCUAGCAGAGACUUUCACAUUUGUAGAAACCUUUUAGUAUGAAAUGCCAUUCUGUUCUUAUAAGAAACAGAUGUUGGUGUAGAACAAAGUAGCAUAAAAUGGAACUAAAUAUGUGCUCCUGGCACCCCACCACUGAGAAAGCUUGGUGCCUGUAGGGCCAGUUCUUCAAAAGCUUUUAUUUAUGUUUUGGUAAUUUUAUUUAGGUUGCAUGUUUUAUGUCCACCUUCAGGAACUUUUACAAUUCUGACUGUGAAAAUGGGAUGUAGUUAAGAUAUUUAAUUUCUUUCUAAGACAUUACAGGGCCAAAACCAAUAAGCAAAAAUCACUUUAUUGUUUAAGGUUUAAGCUCUUUUUUUGUACUAUAGCAAAUAUAAUUUUGUAUGUUUGAAUGUUUUUUAAAUAAUACAUUUUAAAUAAAGUCCAAAAUUGAAAGCCAUAUGAUGCACAAACAUUUACAAAGCUAUGAAAUUGUGCAUUAAAUUGAAGGUGUUUUUUGCCCUGA